AAAGAUUGUUCUCCGGUGGCUACGAUUGAUAACGCAGUUAUUUCAUCUCCUCUGAACACUUCAUUGACACGAACCGAGUUUGGACAUCACGGAAACCUUUCCAGGUGUUUGCUAGAGUGCUGCAACAGGACGGAUUGCGAUAUGGUGAUGUUUGAUCCGCACGAUAUGUUGUGUUAUGGUAUGCUGUGUUCAGUGAACAAUGUUUGCCAUUUUGGAUCACCCGAGGUCGGACAGAGGUCGUUUCAGGCUGCCUUACUGGGUAAAACACGUCAAGGUAAUAGUUUAUUGUAUGAGAUAUGAUGUCCAAGGGAGAUGGAAUUAGACAUGCCGAGAAAUUCUGCCAGUAAAACAAGCCUCCAUCUAGCGAGCAGCUAGCAAAGCUCUAAUUCCUAACGGAGAAUAUGACCAAUUAGAAUUAGAGUUAUAUCAUGACUUUUCGUCGCUGCUUUAAUUUAUUUUAUUAAGGGUAACAAUGAUAUGACAGAGCUAUUUAAAAUAAUUAGUAAGAUGGUGAAUAAAUUAAAAAUACUUGCCAACAAACUCUUACUUCCAAGUGACUGGAAUCACGUUUUCGUGCUGCAUCAAAAUGAAUCAGUCCGCUACAAUUGUUUAUGUCUAUGUUCUGGCAAGCUUUGCCUUGAUAAAGAAACAACUGACUUAUUAGACUGGCGUUGAUGGCUACUAUUUUAAGCGCUAAAGUACUACUUUAGUUCAAUGCUCAGUUUAUGGAGAAAAGAAACGUAGCUCUGAAAUUAUAGACAAAAUCACUUAAGAGUUAGUAAGAGUGAUCAUUUUGAAAAUAAACUUACAAGGAAUACAAUUGGAUGGUUAUUUGCUUAGUAGAAUUUCCAUGAGCUUUAAUAAUAUCAUUGUUUAUUUUUUUUAUUUUUAAUUUUUUUUUUUUUAAUUGGGAUAAAGUAAUAAUACACCGGGCUCGAACUUUGGAGCCAAGAAUAAUUUUGAGUCAGAUGAAAGGCAAUCGGCUUUAGAUUCAAGAUUCAUUUAUAACACGUAAUCAGGAAAGCGGAGCUUUUAAACAAGUUAAACAGCUUAAGAAAGAAUCGAUCUCCCAUGCUCUAGCCAAAUUUUCUCUUUUAUUAUACAUUGUACUCACUAUCUGUCUUCUCAAUGGUUAAGAGCCUACAGCUAAAUUUGGAAAUCAGCGUAACCUACAGAUUAGCUUCUUAUCUGCCAGCAGAUAACUGACUAAUCUGUAGGUUGCGCGUGCGUGCAAUGCAUGAUUUCCAACAACAGUAUCAACUCUACUGAAUCCAAGUUUCUCUUGAAUUUCCUUUUACAGGGAAAAUUAUUGCUCAGUCCACAGACAUUGUUGCCUCAAAGGAAACAGUUCAAAAAGAAGAUUUACCGAAAAGAGAGGGGCAUCGGGAAAACAAGAAUGACGAAAGAAAAGGGCUGAAAGAUACGAAAAUGAUCACGAGAAAAAACAACAGUCUGCAGAAAGAUGGAGGAAAAUGUGGAAUCAAAGAAAUGGCACAAAAUGUCUCUUUGAAGUCUGGUAUGAACGCAGGAAAUUUUAAACUGCAUAAAACAGUACAUAACAUUACGAGUUGUACUGAACGUUGCUGUGAGGAUCCUCUGUGUGAUAUCGCUGUUAUUAUGACAAAUCGUUGUUAUACUGUGCAAUGUUACAGCCCUAAAGACUGUGAAUCCAAGGAAAGCGAAACUCCUGAUAUCAUUAUUGCAUACUUAGACAAUCACCUCCGAAAUAACCAAAAUGGAACAACACCGACAACACAUAUUAGCUUCAACGAGGACAGGAAAAUAAACAAGAAAACCGUUAUUCCAAAUUCUAGUGAAGGUACGUAAGCAGUUACAACAGUGAAGUUUAUUUAAGCCUGCAAGUGGAGAACCAAAUUAAUCACUGCAGAGCUUUUAAGCUCUGCAGUGAUUAAUUUAGCUAGGAAAAAAUCUUAUUUUUUGUUUUGCUUUCAUUAUGGGGGCCAGUUAGCUCCAAGUAUUACUCACUAGCAUUGUUUUAUCUUCCCCGCUAAUUUUCAUGCAUUUUCAUGUCAUCCCGGAAUUUUCUGCCGCUAAUUCCAUUCACAUGCAGAUAAAUUAAAUAAAACAUGCCAAAGGAGGUUCUUGGUCUGAUGGAAGAUGCAGAUCUGAAUUAGCCUCCUAGCAAGUGUCCUCUUACUAGCAAAAAACAAAAGUUGGAGAAUGCUCAGGCACAACUUUUGAGCAACUUGAAGGUAUGGGAGCGCCUGCUACGCAGGCUCAUAUACAAAAGAAAAAAUGUUUAGCUUACGCAGUACUUUGACCGACUUCUGUAAAUAUCUAGAAACAUCUUAUGAGACGAUAAUGUAUCGCUUUGAUGAAGAUGUGUUUCAAAACAUCCAUAUAUUUGUUUUUUAGGUAAUAUUGGAGAUAUGCUUGAUUCAAUCCAGUUCCUCAAUGGUCCUUCUACAGUCACAAAAGACAUGAAAUUCACCUUCCUUCAACAAUGUGCUUUGUACGUCGAACCAGAAAAUUUCACCAAGACUGUCCAUGGCUGGGUGACACCUCGAUACAGUCCUGUGAAAUAUCUUUACCAGGCCCCGAAUGGAAUUCCUCCUCCUCUUGGCAUGCGAUCUGCCGUACCGCUUGGAGGAAUGGGUACAGGUGAAUAUAUAUAAGAGCAACAACCAUCCGAUAUGAUGCUUUCUUGCUUAUUGUUUUAAAUAACUACUCGCUUUCGACGAUCAGGCGUAAAAGUUUGAAAAGUGGAACGUAAUUUAGCUUAAUCUAACAAGGAUUACUUAUUAGUAAUAAGGCCAAUACGCAGAUACAUGUACGUUUGUUUUUUGAGUGUUGCUACUUCAAAGAAACAAUCUUAAGUAAUUUAACAGUGGAACCUCGCGAUUUAACGAACCUCUAUAUUUUUAAGUCCCCGGCAUAACGCCCCUAGCCCCAGUAAUGGUACAAUAUAUUGAAAAGAACCUCGAUGUAACGAAACCUCGUCCAGAGGGAACAUAUUUUGUCAGUCCCUUGGCCCUUUGUUAUAGCGAGGUUUCAAAGCAUAGGCGAUUUCUUUUACACUGUUUACUUCAUCUUGGCCAAAUUACUGAUUGGUCAGUGAAUCGUCUUCGAAACCCUAAGAUGCACCUAAGAAAAGUUACGAGUAAACUCCUAGUAAGGAAAUGUUUGUAACCAUUUGCACAGGUUCGUUGGAGCUCCGAGCUGAUGGGUCGAUCCAUGAAUGGACACUCGAAAACCAGUCACCAGGUGGCUCAGUUAAACUUGGCCCAGGGUCACUGGACAAAGCUGUUUUAGGUGUCCGAGUCAGUUCGCCGAUGGGAAGUAAAGCUGCCCUGCUUCGAACACACCCUCCCCCAGGGUACCCUGGAGUGGAAGCAUUGUCUUAUUCUGGUUCUUUUCCAGUUACAAAGCUUAGUAUAAAGAAUGACAGUUUCUUUGAUUUGGAAAUAGAUCUGUUUGCCUACGGAACACUUCGCCCGAGACAAACAGAUUUGUCCUUUGUGCCUGGUGUGGCUUUUACACUCAGUGUUGGUAAUCCUACUAAAAAGGACAUGAAAGUUUCGUUUUUACUGAAUAUGCCGCUUGGUGUACAGUCUGGUGAGUUUUGGAUAUUUACUUCCAGUAAGAGUAGCAUCAGAAACAUAUGUACGUGGUGCCCUUGUUAUUCAAGCAAAAACAAUGCAACGGCGUAGGAAACAGGUUGCUUGAGUAAUUGCAUGUCAUAGCAUUGCGCUCUCCUUCACUUGUAGUCUCCAAGGCGGAUGUUUUUGUCUCGUCACUGAACGCUACUCCCCAACAAGAGCGUUGCAUGACGAGACAAAAACGGUUGGGUGGGAGACUUCUUCAAUUGCAGCUUGUCUGAACGGUUCCUAAUUGCAGAACAAAGCCAUUUGUAAACUUGCGUUUACUUUCGCUGCUGUAUUUUGCAAGUUGAAAACCGGGUUGCUCAUGCAACAGCCUUUUUUUCUCCCAAGAAGAGGGGUGAAUUUUUUUGUUCCUUUACACAAAGGCAUGCCGUGGAUGUUCUCUUCUUCAGUGAAAAUAUGUUUGUUAAGACAAUACCACUUAGAGUUGUGCUACGCUUUCUUGACUAGUAUUUUUAGGGGCGAUCAUGCGCUCCUCGGUAUUUCCAGGAGUCAGCAUUAAGUCCCGGCAAUACUGAUCCACAUACAGAUUCUCAAGACUAUUCUCCAAACAUUUCCUUAAAGAAUUCCCCGCAAAAUGAUGUCUGAGAAACGAGCGCAGAAAUUCCAUACUGACGACGCGUCACUACCCAGAUCUGGGUAGUGAAGCAAAUUUUUAACCAAUCAGAGGCACUACUCAGAUCUUGGUAGAGACGCGAGUUAUCAGUAUGGAAUUUCUUCGCUUGUUUCUCAAACGUUUCUCUGGGGUGGCGUUGUGAAAUGUCAGCUGUACUUAUUAAGCCACUUAAUAAACUGCUCCAGCCAAUGCUGCAAUUGUUUUACCCUUCAGCCACUUCAAGAAAAGGCCAUGAUAUAGAGACUAUGACGGACGUGGAAUCAUCAGCUCAGUGUGCUGCUAUGUGUAAUCAGCAUCAGCGGUGCUUAGCGUGGAGUUACGAAAAGAACAACUGUUCCCUUAAAGAAACAAUGCCGCUCCAUGCUUACAGCCCUGACGUCACUUCCGGUAAGUCAGAGAAACAAGCUAUAUCAAAAAUGCCUUUAUACUCAUUUGUUUGCCAUCGUCUCGCCACAUGUCAGAGAUCCGGAUUCCGGAAUCUGGGGGAUUUUUACUUGUGGAAUCCGCGAUCCUAGGUUUUGAAAUCCGGGAAACAGCUCAAGGAAUCCGGAAUCCAAGUUCCACUGACAAAGAAUCCGGAAUCCAUGGGGUGGAAUCCAGAAUUCAAAACUGUCCUAAAAGAUUUGCUUAGAUAGAUUUUCAUUGUUUUCCGUUAACAAUCAAAAAAGUUCACUGAAUUGUUAACGAUUUUUAUCGAUUUCGAUUUUUAUCUAUUGAUUACUCCAAGAUGUAACCACACCUACAACUGCACCAAGGUUGUUUUUGAAAGGGUGGCAGAUCUAAAUCGUGAAAAACUGAGCCCUUACAAACCUGGCUAACAUAAGCUAUCAGAAGAAGAUUUUAAACUUGGUGUUAAGGAAAAAAUAAGAUUUUUAAGGUUCUUUUUGAUAACUGAUUGAUUCUUCGACUCUCAAUUGCGACUCAAUUCUCAAUAGUUCUCGCAUAAAUUCAGUUUUCAUUUUUUAAUGAACAGAUGAACAGAUGUCAGUCUUCCGAUAUGAAUCGACGAAACGAGUGUCAUCGACUUCUACCGAUUGAUCAAUACAAUCGAUGUCAAUCAAAUCGGAUUUACCGAUUUUUAUCGAUUUAUGAUAAAUCGAUACCAAUUUUUAUCGACUGACAACUCCAGGCGCAGUAACAAAACAAUAUACGCUCACCAAGGCAACGAAAAACCACAGGAUUGCGUGUUCUGUAAACCGCGACAUAACAAGUAUAUGAUAAUUUGUUCAAACGCUACAAUAGCUUUGUCGGGCUAGCUAUUUUCAUUAAAUUUUAACCGUAAAUAAAAUUGCAUGCAAAGGUGUGAAAGGACGUUGGGAAAUAAGUGGCGAAAUGCUGACGUGUAAUCGACCAGGAAAUUUCCCAAACAGCGGAAGUACCACGAUGAUGUCAAUCAACUCGAACAGGCCGUCGUUUUCUGUCACGGAUGACUUCCGGUCAGUGUGGGACGCGUUUGAAGAAAGUGGAAGGUUAAGGAAAAGAAUUGAGACUUCAGGAUUCCAUGGAACGAUUUCAGUCAGCGCGAGAUUACCUGCUGGUGUAAGUGAGACCUUGACUUUCAUAUUGGCUUGGCAUUAUCCCAACAGAGAUCAUUCAGGAGAAACAGUGGGCCAAUAUUACAGGUACAAAUCCGGUAUUAAAGCCUUUUAAGUCUAUUAGAAAGAAUAUCUCUGGCGAGUUUAUGACCCAGGGUGUAAAUAUUGUGAAAAAGUAGUAUUAAACCAAAUUCAAAUGAAGAAAAAGAAUGACGUGAAAACCAUUGAGCAGAAAUUUCAACCGGGCACGCUCGCUCGUCAUCAGCACUGUAGCCUUAUCGUAUCCGUUACGCGGGUUAUAUUUGUACCCUUUCCAUAACUCCAGAGAUGCCAACCACUAGAAAUCUAGAGAUUGUCUCUUCCUCAUCCCCCUUUGAUAUCAACCAACCCCUUUCCCCCUCCCCCUAAACACAAAUGGACCCAGUCUGCCAAAAUUAUGGGUUUGGUGAGGACAUUAUACGAAGUCUUACAUGAAGUAAUAUUCGCUUCUUUGAAGAAGUGACUUUGUCAAGGAUGAAAUACGUGCAAAAAUGAUAAGGAACCCGUCCCAAGAUUGAAAGCAAAAGAAAUUGGGGGGGAAAUCAGUCUCUCUCUUUCUUCAGAUUUGAGAGGAGUGCACCCACACGCGAGCGUCGAGCGGUGAUGAACCGGUCGGUAUAAAAAAGAGGACUGCGGACUGCGGACAACGGACUGUACGCAGAGCGCAGGGUAUAAAACACGGACUAGGUACAAAAUGAGGACUAGAGACUACAAUCCCGGACAAAACUACUUGAGAAAGUUUUCCCCAUCAUGUCCACUUUCCUACGCAACAAAACUCUUCCAAAACGACGCCUUUGUGGAAAGAAAACCCCUUCCUCCAAUUCAAUGUUGCUUCCCACAAACGUCCAGGGAUCAGGCUUUCUUUUGAAUACACAACAACAUUGCUUUCAGGGGAAGGGGGAGAGGGAAGAACCGGUACAGCUACGAAAAUGCUGUCCAAGUAUACAAUUUUUUCAACAGUUUUGUCCAAGAUUGUACGGACUGGACUGAGUAUAAAACACGGACUAGGUAUAAAACGCGGACUACGGACUGUGUAUAUAAGACAGCUUUAUAAAGGUUACUGAGAGAAACGGGUCAGGCGGACUAGCAUAAAACUGUAGUCCCAGCUCCUUGCGUCACACACAAACAUUCCUUUGGCUGGUCACGCAGGCAGCAUGAAGAAGGGAAGCAUACUAUGCAUGGGAAAGGAAGUAUAUCCCGAUACUCCAGGCAACUGAAAAUGAAACUCUGAAUUUCAGUUUAUAAAAAGAAGGAGUUAGAAGAGAAUUCAAUUUAUAGUUUUAAGCCAAUAGAAGAUAUGAAAUUGAGAGGCAUCGAAUAAAAAAAUUAUCAUUGGGUGUUAGUGAGAGUAAAGUUCUUAUAGAUGCCACAAUUUCAUUCACCGAAGCCUUGGGGAUAUGAGGAAAUGAAGAACCCAGACGGUAAGAUCAAUAUAGAGGCAUUCCGCCAUGCAAAAGAGCUGUACUGUGUAUUUAGUGGGGAGGUGUUACUCACCUAUGCGUAAAUAAUAACCGAAAUAUCACAUAUCAUUCAGGUUCCAACGUUAUAUUCUAAGCGAUGAUGACAUGAUUUACACAUAUGUAAACAUGUGCAUCGCAUUUGUAACCCCUGCCAUAGAUGUUAAGGACCGAAACCAGGUCUGAAAAUGGUUGUAGAAAAUAGCAUUUUGGUCAGGCUCGGAAUUUAGAGAACAGGGCGGCACACCCCAUGCACCAAGAAUUUCUAGAAGUAUUUACAACUUAAACUUACGUGUUGUGCUAUUUAGCGAUCUUUUAAACUUAUUUAACCUUACGUAGAACCAAUUAGUACAGUUUUUGCCAACAUAGUCCGUAGUCCGCAUUUUAUACCUUGUCCGUGUCUUACACCCAGUCCGCAGUCCGCAGUCCGCAGUCCGCAGUCCGCAGUCCGCAGUCCGUGGUCCGCAGUCCGCAGUCCGCAGUCCGCAAUCAUAUUUUACAAUGACCGAAGACGAACCAGCCUCGCACCUUGUCCGCUUGCGUGGUCAUUUUCGUCUCUCGAGCGUUUCUCUCGACGGACCUAAGAAAAAAGAGAGACUAUAUUUAGCCACAGAAGUAUUUAGUCUCUUGGUUAGUUCGCUAUAGCUAGACGCCACCAAGUGAAUCACGAAUCCAGGCGGAAGUGAUGGAAGCUGUUAUCGAAAUCCCACUGGCAAAGAUGUUCAAAAUACUAUGUAAUCCACUAAGAAAUAUAAAAUAUAACUAUCUAAUAUAAAAAAAAUAAUUCGACAAGAAAAAACAGAAAAAGAAAAAAAACCUGUCGACGAGGAUGGGAUUCGAACCCACGCGUGCAGAGCACAUUGGAUUAGCAGUCCAACGCCUUAACCACUCGGCCACCUCGUCAGGUGACAAAACGAGAGCAAAUUUACAUAUUUAUUCUAUUUCAAUAAUAACAAAUGUCUGUAUAGUAAUGACUACGUCAUGUCGUACGCAUUAGUUUUUAAUCUGUAGACAUAUCAUGAUAUUUCUGAAAGUUUUUGGUGACUUUAUAGGCGAAUGUUACGAAACUAAUUAAUUUAUACCUUACAUGUAAAACCUGGGAGAGUUUUCUAUCCAUCCGGCGUUCCAGCAUGUUCCAAGUCGUUCGCACCGCUUGAUCGCGUAGUUGACUUCUUUAGGGUUCCCCGUCUCGGCGACUAAAUAAGCCAGCUACGUAAGUCGAGAUAGCAAAGAGUCCUUUGUAAACGACCCUCCGUCUAGCUUUGAACCGCUUUGAGCCCCGCGAUUAGUACUCCACGCAUGAUUUAAUUUAAAAUAGGCCAUAAAUUAGCACGCAGUUUAUUGCUCAGCUGCGCCCAUGCAGCAUUGUAUUUAUAAAUAGUUUAACCCAUUUCAAACGUCGAAUUUCACAUGUGCCGAACUUAAUUCCUAUUUUAGUCAACUAAAAUUGUUAAAUACGGCAUUUGAUUCAAACUUCGAUUUUACUUCUGUCGAAUUUACUCUGUUCGCUGUCAAUAUUCCCAGUCUCUAAAUGAAUCAUAAUAAUUUACUAUAAUUCAUGCAUUUAAUAAGCGCAUUAAGUUCGGCACAUGGGAACUAUGCGACGUUUGAAUCAAAAGUCGAACCUAAGUUUAAUCUUCGACUUUUUCAGCCGCAGAUACGGCGAAAGUCGCAUUUAAUUUAAACAGUCGAGUUCAGUUUAUUCAAACGUCGAACUUCGCAUGCAAAAACCAUUGACGAAGAUCCUGCUGCUUCAUCCCCACCCUACCCUCCCUCAAAAAAAAGUCUUCAUUCCGUUUUAAUGUCUUCUAAUAGGGAACCCUGGCCUUCCUCCACGUAGGGCUCGUUUCAGUUGGUGAAACCAAGAAAAGAUUAUUCCUUUUCUCUAUUCCCUAUUGUUGAACAGUAAAAAACAAUGAAUCAUGUUAAAUAGGAAAACUGACUGCUGCACUGGAUAGAGGCCCAGCGCAAUGCGAACAUCAGUCCCCGUUAAUUUACACAAAUACAAACACUCAGAUACUACAAAGGCAGUGAAGCAGAAAAAAUGUAACAAGCUCUAAAGAAAGUUCUUUGAUCGACAAUGUAAUAAAGAUGAUAUCGUGUCUAGCUGCCCGUCAGGAAAAACCCCCUUAGCUAAGGAGAAAACCUGGCACUUCUGGAAGGCAGAGCCAGACACUUAACAGGAACUUCGAGGGAGAGAGGUUGAACUAGAAUACAAAAUUAUGAGUACAUCAACGACGAACUACAAUCAAUUCAAAUGAAACAAAAAGAAAAAAGCAUUGAAAAAUCAGGCCGCGAUGUCAGCUUACAAUGAUCACCUCAGUGAAAUCCCGUCCUUUUAUACUUGAGUCUCCGUGACAGUUGUCAAUAAGUUGGAACCGUGAAAACAAUAAUUUGCUGCUAUUCUUAGAACCGCAGCAAAUAACAACUUUAUAUUCCAGAUUUCCCGCCUUCGUUACGGCCAAAUGAAUUUAAAAAGGAGGCUGAUUCACAGUGUGAGUGAAAAUAAAAUUUUCUUGAGCAGGCCUUAAAAGGCCUGGUUCAUUACAGAUUUGAGUGGAAGUGGCUGACGCCGCAAGAAAUUUGGCACGCGAAGCCUGCUCCGGGUCAGAUGUACUCGGACCCCGGUGUAAGGCAGAGAAACACUUAUUAAUUGCGAAUCGUAGCUAGAAUUCCGGCGGCUGUAGAUUGAUGAGUACGCUCGGGGUGUACAUUUAUCAGAUCCGCAUCUGCAUUUGCAUCCGCGAUCACUUUUGCAUUUAGAGAAGAGAAACGCAAUAAACAUCAAUCUGAUUUUUGCCUUACUAACAACCCUGUUUAAUUUUCAGCAAGCUGUUCAAUACCAGUGUGGAUGUAGCCAAACAUGUGCGAGACAACCUUCUCCGCAACUUGAAAGACAUUAUUGCGUGGCAGUCAAACAUUAUUCCACCAAAAUCUGUCCCCUCUCCCCUACAGAACCAUCCCGUGGAGUCCUCCCUCCCAGAAUGGCUUCAGGAUCAUCUUGUCAACAGCUUAAGUUUUUGGAGAAGUGGAUUUCGAGUAGCUGACGGCAGGUAAAAAUUAAAUUCAAAUUUAGGAUCAGUUAUGUAGUAAACCUAGAUAGGGGUCUUCUUCCAGCAGAAAAUUAAUUAUUUCUGGAAUCUGAUUUUUAUCAUCUUCCUCCAACAGAUGGCGGCAGUGGGAGGCAUUAGACUGUAAUGACGUAGAUUCAGUUCAUAACGACUUCCAACGAGAGCUACCUUACAUAAUAUUCUUUCCUGAGUUACUUGAAAAUGUAGUGAGAACCUGGGCCAAGUACCAGCACCAGGGAGGGUGGAUACAGGAGACUUUGCAAUUUCAAUGGGGUUGCCACAACCGGACAAACCGGUUUGACACACCGGGUGGUAGAAUCAUGGCAGAUGUUACGCCAGCUUUUCUAGCUCAGGUAUUGGGACGUUGUGGAUUGUUGUAAAAAACGUAAAACUAUUAUAUAUUUUUAUCUUCUUGGAAAGAGUCCAUAUACAGUGUUUUCACUUAAGUGGCCAGCACCUAUGCAACUUUAUUGGAACAAAAGAAAACGUUUGCAUGAGAAAAGAGUUAAACUGCCACAGGACUGGUUUAGGACACAAAAUGGCCGCCGUUUCAUUGUUUUGGGACACCAAUAUGGCCGCCGAGACGUCAUGUGAAAGACUCUAUUGUGAUUAAAGGAAGGUGGUUAUGAUUAAAACUCUUUUUGAGCCAGCACUGCAGUACCUCCGCAGGGCGUAAAAGUCAUAACACUAGACAACAAUUAGAAGUUAUUAUUUCUCCAUGAUGCAGUUUUAAAGGAGAGAGGUAGAGCGAGAGAAGGAGAAGGAGUUAUCUUUCAUAAAUAUUUUUAUAGCUCCGUCCAUUUUAUCCUGUUUCUCUUAUCUGCUUGCAGUUUUAUCAUCUUUAUCUUUGGACUGGCGACCACAAGCUUUUACAAGACCUGUGGCCGGUUGCCCGUAAAGCAUUGAUUUGGCUCAUGCGUGACAGUACUGGAGGUUCCAGUUUACCAUUACGUAAGACUUGUACUUAUGACAUCAUUUACCUUGAGGGAUAUGACCACACAACCUACAACAGUGUUAUGUAUCUUCUGGGUUUACGAGUUGGAAAGGUUCUGGCAAAUGCUCUAGGAGAGAAAAAACUGGCUCACACGAUCCAGACGGCUUUUAAUGAUGGAAAAGCUAAGAUGGACGAAACCUUGUGGGACGACAAGGAAGGUUUUUAUCAUGCCUGGUGGGACCAUGAGAAAGGUUCACCUGAUUGGCUAAUGAGUGACUCCUUAUAUGGGCAGGUAGGCAGACGCUUUACUUUGUCUAUUGAUUGUUUAUUUCACAUUUAGACCAUCUAUGUGUCGUUGAGACGUUGAAGUUUACAGUCUCCACCAUAUCCAUUAUCAACCCACGAGAAUGUUUGUGUUUUACAAAAGAGUAAAGUCAAUCUUGUUAAAGGGCCAUGAUUAGUUUCACUAUAAUGUGCCCUUCUCCAUUCUAAUUUUAUUCUUUUACUAUUAUUAUUAUGUACACGUAGUUUAAGCAACUUUGUACCAAUUGAUAUUGUACAACUAAUGUAUUAUUGAUAUUGUACAACUACUGUAUUAUUUUACAACUAAUGUAUUAUAGGAUGGAGUAAAAAUUAAAUACAAAAAUACAAAAAUAAACCCAGGAACAUACUCGUGCGUGGGCUGUCAUGACCCAUGUUAUCAUUCAUGAAAGUAUUUCGAUGUUUCUGAUUGGCUUUAAUCCCCUGGUCAAUUCUUUAUAACCAUCUGGCACUAACCAAAUUUGGAAGAUGCGAGGGUCCCGGAUGUAUGGAUGUGAUGGUCAUAUCAAUUCUACUCGUGCUUUAGAACAUUUCCGUCCAUAUAAUGGAUAUAUCAAUGCAGAUCUCAGAGGGUGCUAUACAUCCGCCUCGGUGGAACACCUUCAUCAAUCUCCAUAAUUCUUCAUAUCAUAUCGGCAGGUUCUUCAUGUAGUACAGGUAAAACGGUGUCUAAACAGAAAGAACUUAUCUUUUGUUAUAUUUACCCUCUGCUGAAAACAAGGUUGGGAUUGGAAGUCGGGUUAUGAGUUUGCUUGUAGGAAAUAACAACUCUUUUAUUUUAGGUUUGGGCGUACGCGUUGGGUCUUGGUAACCUGCUUGAUCCUGAUAAAAUGAAAAGACAUUUACGAAAAGAAAAAGAACUUAACGAUACACCUUACGGCUUACGGGUACUCACUCAAGGUGCCGCUGACCGCAAAAUGCCAAAGAAAAUGCUCAGGAUGAAUAAACAAAAGAGGAGCAAAAGAAAAAUAAACGAGAUAGACGCGGUAGCAAACCUGGACAGCUUCUUUACUGAGGUUUCUGGAUUACAGAAAAAGACCUACAUAGAAGACAAAUCGCUGUACAUAAAGAACCUGUCCGAUAACAAAAUUACGAGAGCCAAAAUUACUGUUCAUGCACAUAACCUAACACGUGGAAAUUUAGGCGGUGGAACAGCAGAAAUGAAAACUCAGGUGAAAUCUGUUGACAGGGAAAUAAAAGUAUCAUUUGGAAAUGAAGGGCCCCAGACUGCUGAUGCAAACAUAUCCUCUGACAAGUCGAGGCGCUCAAGUGGCAUAAAUCAAUUCGUUUCGGCAAAACAACAAACUUUGAAUCACAAAAAUUGCUCUGCUCUUGAGGAGGAGAGCAAGUUCAACUCCAUCUGGAUGGGCAGUGAUUCAGACUGGACAACGCUUAACAUUCACUUAGGAAUGGACCCUUUUGAAUCCCUCAAGCAAGCGGAAAAAGCGCUGGAUCACUACAGAACAAAACUGAACGACCUCUGGAACAUUCAUGGUUUAACCGCUGGACAAGGUUAUGGUCUGGAUGGUCAGCCGUGGUGUACGUCUCAUUACAGUUUUCAUUUGGUCCUAUGGCACAUCCCCCUUGCUCUUUCUGGACAGCGGUAUGACGCGGUGCGAAAGCAACUGACGUUUGAACCGAAAUUAAGUGUCCCUUAUGCUCUACCCUUUUUCACUCCUAUCGCCAGUGGAAUUGUUAAAGCAAGGAUGUUCAACCGUCGUGUUAAGUAUACUCUUAUUGUAACCUCUGGUAGACUUGAUGUAAAGGUCUUGGCUGUAUCAAAGAGUCUGCUUCCGAGAGGUAGAACUAAGUUGGGACAAGGGGGAUAUGUAAGUUGGGAAAGACAAUAA